AUAAGGCGCUGCAGGCCGCGGUUUAUAUAAAGGGCGGAGGUGCGGCGACAUCGUCGCCUCACCGCGGUCUUUAAUCGCUCGCUCGCCGUGCGUGCGUGCGGGGCGUUGUUGCUCGCGCCCACGACAGCCGCGCGGCGAUUGCGGAGUUAACCUCACGGACGUCUCCUUUCCUCUCGCUGUCUCUCUCUCGCUGUCUCUCUGUCGCCCGCUGGCUGGCUCGCUCCCGUCGUUCGGUUUACGCAGCGCGACCGACUUUUUUGCGGUGGACAAAAAACGAAACCGACGAGAACAAAUUUGAUGAAAAACUUGCGAAAACGAAGAAGCGUUCGAGUUUAGUCGACGAAGGUUCUCUCGUUGUUGUGAGGUGGCGGUGGUGGCCGCUGUCGUGGUGGUGGGGGGGGUCUGGUUUUUUUUCCCGCCAUUUGCGUUUCUUGGGGUUCUGAAGCAGCUGCUUGCCGCUAUUUGUUGUGGAAUUUUAUUUUUUGUUAAAUUGUAAUUUAUUAAAACGCAUAAUGUCAAGAUAAAUGUGCGGGAGUGUAGUGCAGGGUUUAAAUCGGAAUGUGUGAAUAAUUAAUUAUGCUGAGCAGAUGAGGAAACGUUGCUUUGGUUUAAUGUUGAAUAUGCCGAAUGAGGCGAAAAAAUGUUAUAUGCUCUUCUGAUGUUAAUUCUUAAACGUUUUAAAUAAGAAUUAUCACACUGCAUUAAAAUACACUUACUGCAAUGUGAAAGUGCAAGAGCCGUUUGUAAGCCGAUAAUAUAACGUCGAGAAUUUUACUACUGUACAGUAUAUACAGUAUACAAAAAAUAAACAAAAUUAUGAAAAUACAAAGCUACUUUGUUCAAUAUAGUGGUAAAAAAAUUAACAUCGCACUGCAGUGCUAGUAUUGUACGAAAAUUAUAUAGAUUUAUAUAUUGACGAUCCUCCAGUCAGAGGAGACGUUUGCGUCAGUACUCCAAUAGCAGUAACCGGUCGGUAGUCGUGAGGAAUUAGUCUGCUACUGAUUGAUUUAACUUUGUAGGCAUUGAGGAGCCCUAUCCAUCAGCGGUGUGAAGUCAUCAACAGCAGUAGCAGUGGCACUGAGUAGCCCUAUCAAAGCAGUAGCAGCGACAUUGAGUAGCCCUAUCCAGCAGUAGUGUGAAGACAUCAUCAUCAGCAGUAGCAGCGACAUUGAGUAGCCCUAUCCAUCAGCAGUGUGAAGUCAUCACCAACAGCAGCAGCAGCAGCAGUAGGAAGGAAUAAGAAGAGGAGGAGGGGGGGGGGGUGAUAAAGAUGAGGCCACACUGCGAGAUCGUGCAAGAGGAGGCCCUGAAGGAAGGAGAGAUCGAGAAGCGCAGCGAUGGCUUUCUGCAGCAGUGGAAGAAGAAGCGCUGUGUCCUCACCAGCGAUGGUCUCAUGCUUUUCCCGUGCGACUCCGGCUCCGCCUCGUCCGGAUCCAUCAUCUCCGUGUCGCACGGGGAUGGCGUGGGCCAUGGCAACAGGAGGAAGGCCCCCAAAUCUCUGCGCUUCGACGCAGUGAAGACACUGGACUGCGUCGAUCGCAAAGGCCGCUUCGUCUACUUCACCAUUGUGACGGCAUCCAACCGCGAGAUCGACUUCAGGUGCCUGGAGGACACGACAUGGAGCGCCGAGAUCACGCUGGCCCUCGUCGGAUUCAAGAACCGCCAGGCGCUCCGCGAUCGCGACCAGAAGAAGAUGCUGGCGGCGCGAGGUGAUGGCAGUGGCGUGGCUGUUGAACGUGGCGACGAUGGAGGCCGAAUUAAUGGACGCGGAAGAGAUGGCGGAGGUGGUGUAGGUGGUGGAGAUCGUGGAGGUGGUUUUGGAGGUCGUGGUGGUGUUGGAGGAGGUGUCUGGGCUGAAGGCGCGGCAGUGGCCGGCCCAGUGGGAGGGCUUUACCACGCUCCUCAGCAGCAGCGACAUCGCUCCGGUUAAAUCCAGAAAACCUGGAUUGCGAGAGUGAUUAAAUGCCGCAUUUGUUGACCGAGCUGGAUUACCAGACGCAGCCAAGGCCUCGUCGUGAGAGGGCAGCCGUGCUGCAUCCUUUCCUUGCUGCGUUUCUGAACACUUCAUCUGAACGUCUGAUCCACACCUCCGGACCAUCAUAAUAAGUACAGUGAACUCCUCAAAGACUUGCUGCAACGAUGGCAAGGAUAUGUUUUGCGCGCGUCGGUGGCGCUUGGGUGCUGUAACGCGCAAAAUCGACAAAACCAUCUCUGCACGAUGCUCAUUCGCGACAGCAAGAAUGUUAUCGCGAGCGGAGAGCAAUGCUUGAAUAAUGAAAAACGACGGAUGCCUCCCAUGUUUUCGCUUGUGCUGCCGAGUCUUGGAUUUACGCCUGAGGCCUGCAUACAACAUGGAUGGAAGUGCAUCUGGCUGGACUGGUUGCCGGCCGAUCGCCAAACUGUGAUGAUGAAUUCACGGUGUUUUAACGAAGCACAUGACUUGUGCAGAUAGGAAUGAGGAUGUAACGAGUGAACACUUGUGCAUAACCAGGGACUUUUAGUCACAGUGUCGAAUUAUAAAUGUACACUUUAUCGUUAAGCA